AUGUACUCGUACAAGGACGUCAGCGAGCUGGCCGGCUACACCGCCCGGGUCUCCGAGCUCUUUGACACCAUGAAAAGCAUCAAGCGCGGCCAGUACGAGAAACGCAAAGUCGGCUCCGCCAACACCGACAACUCCCAGCAAACAACACCUGUUGAUAGUGGGCCCGAACGGGUGCGGGAAGUCGUCGCUGUUCCGGAUCCUGGGCGGAUUAUGGCCGGUGUAUGGGGGCGUGGUGACAAAGCCUGCGGCCUUGGAGUUCACCUACAUCCCCCAGCGCCCGUACCUCUCUCCCUGGGCACCCUGCGCGACCAGCUCAUCUAUCCCGACUCGCGCGCAGACAUGGCCGCCCGCGGCGUCUCCGACGACGACCUCCUCCGCAUCCUUGCCAUCGUCAACUUGGACACCAUCGUCCAGCGCGAGGGCGGCUGGGAUGUCGUCAGGGAAUGGCAAGAUGCGCUCAGCGGCGGCGAUAAGCAGCGGCUCGCCAUCUGCAGACUCUACUACCAUUCCCACAAGCUGGUGGCCCGGCUGGAGCAGCUUGAGGAGACCCGGCUCAAGAACCUCGAGGGAAUCAACAUUGCUUAUUGA